AUGUCUUCUCCUCAGAAUAGUUGUGUUCUCUCCCAAGAUAUGAUCAUGGAAAUUUUGUCGUGGCUUCCUGUGAAGGAUCUCCUGCGAUUCAAGUGCGUUUCAAGAUGGUUCCACCAUCUUGUCACAAAUCCUGCAUUUGUGAAACUUCACCUUCAAAGGUCUUCAAAAAACACUCACAUCCUAUUGACCUUUGAAGACUGGGACAAAAGAAGGGAUUAUGCCAUAGUUUGUCCUGUACAAGAUUUAUUUGACAACCCAUCAUCCACCCUUCAAACUUUACAUCACAAACAUCUCCCAUUCAACCGCAGUUACGCUAUCUUGGGUGCCUGCAACGGCUUGGUAUGCUUACAAGAUUCUUGUUUUGAAGAUAAAUUUAAAGAAUACUGGUUUCGGAUUGGGAAUCCAACAACAAGGGUCAUGACUAAAGACUCUCCACAUAUUCGUCUUAAUCUCAGCGAUUAUAAACAUCCUUUCAUGUUUGGAUUUGGGUAUGAUGAAUGGAAUGACACCUACCAAGUUGUGCUAUUGGAUAAUAAUAAGAAUCAAUCGCAGAAACUGGAAGUAAGAGUUUGUUGUUUAGGAGAUACUUGUUGGAGAAAUACUUUAACUUGUGAUGCUGUUGCCCCUAUGAUUGGGCUUCAAAGUCAUGGAACUUGUGGUGCUUUUGUGAGUGGGACUUUAAAUUGGUUAGUAUAUCCCAAAUCCCGCUGUAGUGAUGAUGAUGAACGAGGAGGAACUAAAAUGAACGAGUUAGAAAUAUUUUGUUACGAUCUAAAGAAGAAGACUUGUAGUUAUUUUUCUAUGCCAGAUGGCAUUUUAGAAGUCCCUCCUUUUGACACUGAGCUUAAGGUUUUGAAUGGUUGUUUGUGUCUUUCUCAUCAUCAUGAUGAUAAUUUUUUUGUGUGGCUAAAGAGGGACUUCAGUGAUGAAAAAUCUUGGUCAAAGUUGCUGAAUUAUAAGAAUCGUCCUUCAACUUGUUAUUGCUGUCGACAUUACAUGGAAAUAAUUUGUAUCCGUGAGAAAGAUGAUGUUGUGCUGCUUGCAGAUACAGGUUUGCAAGCAGAAUUUACCUUGUGCAAUAUCAGAGACAAUAGAAUAAAGGUUCGCGAAAUUUAUAACGAGAACAAACAGUCUCUUUUCUCUUAUGAUUAUGUUCAGAGCUUGGUUUUUCCGUGUAGGAAUUAA